AUCACGCACAACACUGUGGUGUAAAUGUGUAAGCAAAGCAUGAAAAAAACACCCAGGAUGAAGAGCUUACACGUGCGGCAAAUAAUGGUUCUUUAAUUAAACGCGGGAUUUCAGUUGUAUCGCGGUUAUUUAUUUUGAUUCCGAAAGUAAAGAUGGCGGAUGGUGGGUCUUGUGAUUAUCGAGAUAAACAAACCAAGUUUAGCAGAUAUGACAUGGAAAUAAAUAAGUUGGUUAAUGAGAUGGGGUUUGGAAGGGAAGAAUCACGAAUGGCUAUACAAGAUGCUCAUGGUAAUGUUGAUGCGGCAAUUGAAAAGCUUCUAAAUGGAAAUUAUGCGCCCCCUCCGUAUACCCCUGCAGUUACUGUAGUAGCACCAUCAAAUCCCCCAGUACCAGUGUUGACAGAAGAGAGCAGUGUUAAAAGGAAAGAGAAAGGCCAUACCAGCUUUUUUCCCCAUUUCAUAUCUGAUCUAACUCACCGCAAUAAAAGUACACCACCUCACGAAGACCACCCGACAGCUCCACCACUUUCAAGUAUUGGUGGCAUCUAUCCAGAUCUACCACCUUCCAACUUUGACAAUUUAAAUUUACUUCUACCUCCUUAUGAAAAAAUUGAGAAGAGUGAAAAGAUACAAAAGUGGGAACAAGAUGAGAAUGUGUUUCAUUUGACUAUGGAGAACUAUAAUGCUAAUAAUUUUAUUGGAUUUAGUUAUUCAGAAAGAUGUUCAGUCUGCUUCAGUCAAUUAGCCCAUGGAGAAUUAGAUGUGAAAAGUUUGAAAGAGAAUAUUAUAAAACAAAGAGGGAAGUACUAUCAUUAUAAUUGCUUCACAAAAAAAUUUGGUCCAAAAUGUGCGUACUGUUGCUUUCCGUUAGCACAACCAGAUAAAGACCACGAACUUUCUGGAAAAUAUCUGAUGUACAAAAAUAAAGAUUACCAUGUCGAGUGCUAUGAAAAGUAUGCAGGACCAAGAUGUACAUAUUGUUUUAAUGUUAUUAUUGAAAAACCAAAUGGAGAAUUUAGUGGAAACUGGGUUGUGGACAGACAACAAGAAUUCCAUGUUGAGUGUUACCAGAAAAAAAUGUAUGCCAUAUGGAGAGCUAAAAAUUCAUAAUCUAUCCAUGAUUAAAUGAUAUAAUAAGAAAGAGUUGUGUCUCUGCACUCUUGAUACUGAGUCACCAUAACCAGACGAAAGUCCAGUUACAUUGUCAAUUGGCAUAUAUGCGUUAUGUUUAUUAUGUAACUAAUAUACUGUAAAUUUAUCAAAUUAAAAGCAAACUUAUAUUUUUGGGCAAGAAUUCUUUGAACUAUUUUAGCACAAUUUAAGCAGGCCUUAAGUUGUAUAAUGUUUCUGUAACAAAGUUUCCACAUACAUUUAAAAUAAAUUAAAAUAGAGUAA